AAGAUAAUGGAAGUGUGACUGGAUAGGAAACUAAGCUGGAGAACAAUAGGUUCUUAUCAAAAUGAUGCGCGCGGUCUAAAAUUUCAACUUGAGGGCUAUGGUCAUUUCCGGUUGCGCUUUUUAGUGGCAAGAUCUCUCGACGUUGAACUUCAAAAAGAUGGAAUUUGAAUAUUUUUCAGACGACAUCAACUUAGAAGACUUAGAGGUAGCGGCAGAGGAAGUAACUGUGGCAUUUUGCAGUGACAAAAACACGCAAUUGAUUAUUGGAAAAAGUCAAAUGAAAAAGAAAAGAAAAAGACAGACAGAGCCCAAACCAAACGCAGGUCAUCUUCAAAAUAUCAACAUCAGUUCAGUUUAUAAAGAGGCAUUGAAGGCUUUGUCUGAAAAAGAGAUGCUUCAACAACUAUAUAGUGCCACAAUCAAACGCCUUCUUGAUGCACCUUCUCCAAAUUUAGACUUUCUUAGCAAACGCCUUGAGGAUACAGUAGCAGGAAAGGCAGUUUCCCUUGACAAAAUGUGGCAAAAGUUCCAUCAAAUAUGGACAGACAAUGAAAUUGUUACUCAACUACAAGAUUGUCUUGAAAUUGAACAAGGAUUCUCCUCCUGGCUUAUUUUUGAAUGUCAAGAAGUAAUUGCAAAGCAAAACUAUGCAAUAACAGAAGACAAGGAGGUAGAGAAACAAAUUUUAUCCAGCAAUGAAAAAGAAGUAGUAACAUGUAUUUGUGGUGCAAUCCUUAAUAAGCUCACAAAAAAAACCUAUGACAACAUGCGUAAAGUUGAGGAAAAUAAAACUGCAUAUGUUUUGUUAAAAGAACGAUUGGAAGUCUUAAAUGCUUGUAAGGGAGAAGAGGGGAAGCAAGAAGGCUCAACCAGACUUAUAAGCACUCUAACUAGGGGAGGUUUAACAUACCCCAAGGAAUCUUUUGCAAAAAUACUAGAAAAAACAGAGCUUGUUUUCUGAGACCACAUCUCCACCCAGAAAACAAGGAUAAAUGUGCAAGAGAUUCUGGGCAACUGUCUACUAGAAGAUGCAAUUUUGAGUAAUUUGAGUAGAGUAUGCCAAAAUUGUUUGGCCUCAGAACCUGUAAAAGAGGCAACACUGAAAGACUGCAUCCUAAUGUACAUAAAAAUCAGGGCUCAUUCACAUGCCAAACAUAUGAUUGAAGAGCACAGGAUGACCAAAAAGAUUGACAAGAAAGAAAAGGCAUUAAGAAAAAAACUUAAAAUCACAAAUGAACAAAAGAAGCAGUGAUUGUUAUUGUGAUAUGAUUCAUAAAACAGCAUUAUACUAAACAAAACAUUAACCAUUUUCAUUGCAAAAAACAUAAUACAUAUACAUAAAUUGGUUAUUAUGAAGUUUUAUUAUAAAUUGGUUUAUUAUCAAGUUUCUGAAAAGCUGUUACACUAUGUAUAAUUAACUAUGCAAUGUUGUACUUCAUAUAUAUUGAAAAAAAUUUCCAACAAACAAAAUAGCUCUUUUUCUUAAAGGCAACUUUAACUCUUUCAGUUUGUUUGAAAAAUCUCUGCCAAAGUGAUGCGGGGGAAGGCUGGGGAAGGGUAAAAAUAAAAAUAAUUUUCUUUCCUUUAGCAUCUUUUGGACAUGAUUCCAAACAAGUUUUUGUUUUGUAAUGGCCAAAUAUGCAUGGCUAUUAAUGUACAGGGGCACAAGUAUGUUAAAAUUGAAAUCAAUACAAGACAAGAUCCUGUGCUUUGAAAAUAAAUCAUUCAUCUUAAUUGGAAAAUGGUUUCUUGAUUUAUGAAAUGACAGGUGUAUGCUGCUGACAGUUUGCAAUAAGGGGUCAAAAGGUAGAUAUGGUCUCAUAAAACCAGCCAUCCCCUUAUGUAUACCUAAAAAAUCUCAGAACAAAUGAAGAUUUCAGGUCACAACCCAAAUUUCCUGAUGCCAAAAUUAUGCAGUGAAAAAGGAUUGAUUAAGUAUUCUAACUAGAAAUUUUACUUGGAAACAAAUCAGUUCGAAAAGCUAAUUGAUGCUAAAGUAAGUCUUGAAAAAUAAUGAAAAAUGAGUUUGAAAGAGACCCUGGUCAUUUCUUUCUCCUUUUCAAUGGGCUUGUUGUGAUUGUUAUUCCUGCUGCUGGCCGCUUUAUCCCUUUUGUAUUCCCCUUUGGUGUAAUGCUUGUUGCAAUGCUCCUUUGAAUACGAAAUUUGUUUUCUUGAAACCCAAAGGAACUAAUGUUGGGGUUAGUUGACCUCCGCCCUAAGCCUCUGUGUCUUCCAAAAUGGUCUUCCAAAGGGUCUUGGCAAAAUCUGUUUGUCAGAACGUAUUUGAAGCCAUUCUGAAGGAGAUAUCUCACACAUUCUACAAGUGAAAGAGCAGUAGUCUGCAGCCCCUCAUAUGUUGCCUCACUCAAAAACAUCUUUCUUCUGUCCUCAUCUGAGAAGUUACCUUUUCUGUUUUUAACUGCAUCUUUCCAUCUGUUAAGAUACACAAAAAACUCAUCUUGAAUAAAUCUAAACCUCUCAUCAUUUAUAUCUUUGUAUGGCUUGAGGAAUGGUUUAAUUUUAUGAUCUCCCUCUGUAAGUGACCUCACAUUGCACAAAUCAAAAAACUUGUCAAUCAUGAGGAUAUAAUUUGCUGUUGCACUUGCUUGAGUGGGACCAUACUCCACCAUUACCUUACCAACUGUCUCACUCAUAACUUGUGCUGCUAAAUUAACACGCAUCUUGCUGUAUGGGUUAAGAUAGAUGUGCUCAUUAGUUAACUUUGGCAGCUUCCGAACCAUACACUUCCUGUCUGAUUCAUAUACAUCUACCACAUGACUCCAAACAAUGUCCUUCUCGUUCCACAUGAGACGCUUCUUACCAAAUCCUGAAUUUGCUAAGUUAUUUCUUGCAGUUUUCAGCAGAUGUGGGGGGUCUGAAAAAAAGAACAAAGGGCGCUUCUCAGCCCCACUGAAGACAUUUAUUGUCUUGUGAGUUAUUUCCUUGUCUUGCCCAUGGAUUUUAAACAGCUUUUGAUUACUAGUUGCCUUAUCACAAACAACAGCAAUAACCUUUAAACCAACAUAGGUCUCACAAAAUCCAA